AUGGAGUUCAUGCUGGGUGGCCCUACCCCGGGCGGCGGUGCCCCCUGGCACUUUCAAAAUGUCCUCAGUGACUCAGUGGAGAGCUCGGAUGAUGAAUUCUUUGAUGCGAGAGAGGAGGUGGCUGAAGGGAAGAACUCCAUCCUCAUUGGGAUGAGCCAGUGGAAUUCAAAUGACCUAGUGGAGCAGAUGGAGACCAUGGGCAAACUGGAGGAGCAUCAAGGAGAAGGGAGCACGCCGUGCACAUCCAGUGUCCUCCAGGAGAAACAGAGAGAACUGUACCGGGUUUCCUUGAGAAGACAGAAGUUCCCAGCCCAGGGAAGCAUUGAGAUCCACGAAGACAAUGAGGAAGUCUGCUCACAGCGCUCCUGCAAGACCCAAGUCCUCCUGCUGGUGCUGCACGGGGGGAACGUCCUGGACACAGGCUCAGGGGACCCAUCCUGUAAGGCAGCCGACAUCCACACCUUCAGCUCCGUGCUGGAGAAGGUCACACGCGCCCACUUCCCUGCAGCCCUGGGCCACAUCCUCAUCAAGUUUGUCCCCUGUCCUGCCAUCUGCUCUGAGGCUUUCUCACUGGUCUCCAACCUGAAUCCCUACAGCCACGAUGAGGGCUGUCUCAGCAACAGCCAGGACCACGUCCCUCUGGCCGUGCUGCCCCUGUUGGCCAUCUCCUCCCCACAGUACCAGGAUGCGGUGGCCACCGUCAUCGAGCAAGCCAACCAGGUCUACGCAGAGUUCCUCAAGUCCCCUGAUGGCAUUGGUUUCAGUGGGCAGGUGUGUCUCAUCGGGGACUGUGUGGGGGGCCUCCUGGCCUUCGAUGCCAUCUGCUACAGUGCGGGGCCCUCGGGUGACAGCCCUGGCAGCAGCAGCCGGAAGGGGAGCACCAGCAGCACACAGGACACCCCAGUGGCAGAGGAGGAGUGCAGUCUGGCCAGCAGCAAGCGGCUCAGCAAAAGCAGCAUUGACAUCUCUAGCGCGUUGGAAGAUGAGGAGCCCAAGAGGCCGUUGCCACGGAAACAGAGCGAUUCCUCUACCUAUGACUGCGAGGCCAUCACCCAGCAUCACGCCUUCCUAUCAAGCAUCCACUCGAACAUGAUGAAGGAUGAGGUGGAGCUCCCUGUGGCAGGGGCAUCCCAGCUCCCGGAGGUCAGCCUGGGCCGGUUGGACUUCGACGUGUCUGACUUCUUUCUCUUUGGCUCGCCCCUCGGCCUGGUCCUGGCCAUGCGGAGGACGGUGCUGCCUGGGCUGGACGGGUUCCAGGUGCGUCCUGCCUGCAGCCAGGUCUACAGCUUCUUCCACUGCGCAGACCCCUCUGCCUCACGGCUUGAGCCGCUGCUGGAGCCCAAGUUCCACCUGGUGCCACCCGUCAGCGUGCCCCGCUACCAGAGAUUCCCACUGGGCGACGGACAGUCCCUCCUCCUCGCUGAUGCCCUGCACACCCACAGCGCCCUCUUCCUGGAGGGCAGCUCCCAGGGAAGCCCGCCUCUUGUGGACGCCCCCGCCUCGCCCACCCAUGCCCGGAGGUCCCAGUCCCUGGGGCGGAGGGUGAGCCAGGGCAGCUCGAACAGCGAGAGCUCAGAGUCCUCGGACAGCCUGGCCCCCGUUGGCAUCUCCUGCAUCACAGCCAAGUGGUGGGGUGCCAAGCGCAUCGACUAUGCCCUGUACUGCCCGGAGGUCCUCACGGCCUUCCCCACUGUGGCACUGCCCCACCUCUUCCACGCCAGCUACUGGGAGUCCACGGACGUGGUGGCCUUCAUCCUGAGACAGGUGAUGCGCUAUGAGAGUGUGACCGUCAAGGAGAGCACUGGCUUGGAUCCUGCUGCCCUGAGCCCCGCUAACCCCCGGGAGAAGUGGCUUCGUAAGAGGACCCAGGUCAAGCUGCGGAAUGUCACCGCUAACCACCGGGCCAAUGACGUCAUUGCUGCCGAGGACGGCCCCCAGGUCCUGGUGGGACGGUUCAUGUACGGGCCCCUGGAUAUGGUGGCUCUGACGGGAGAGAAGGUGGACAUCCUGGUGAUGGCAGAACCGUCCUCAGGCCGCUGGGUGCACCUGGACACGGAGAUCACCAACAGCAGUGGCCGGAUCACGUACAGCGUGCCGCGGCCCCGGCGCCUGGGUGUCGGCGUCUACCCCGUGAAGAUGGUCGUCAGAGGCGACCAGACCUGUGCGAUGAGCUACCUCACGGUGCUGCCCCGCGGCAUGGAGUGCGUGGUAUUCAGCAUCGAUGGGUCCUUUGCGGCCAGCGUGUCCAUCAUGGGAAGUGACCCCAAGGUCCGGCCGGGGGCAGUGGACGUUGUUCGGCACUGGCAGGACCUGGGCUACAUGAUCCUCUACAUCACCGGGCGGCCGGACAUGCAGAAGCAGCGCGUGGUUUCCUGGCUGUCCCAGCACAACUUCCCGCAGGGCAUGAUCUUUUUCUCCGACGGGCUGGUGCACGACCCGCUGCGACAGAAGGCCAUCUUCCUCCGCAACCUCGUGCAGGAGUGCUUCAUCAAAAUCAGCGCUGCCUACGGCUCCACAAAGGACAUCUCCGUCUACAGCGUGCUGGGCCUGCCACCUUCCCAGAUCUUCAUCGUGGGCAGGCCCACCAAGAAAUACCAAACCCAGUGCCAGUUCCUGAGCGAGGGCUACGCCGCGCACCUGGCCGCGCUGGAGGCCAGCCACCGCUCGCGCCCCAAGAAGAACAACUCGCGGAUGAUCCUGCGCAAGGGCAGCUUCGGCCUCCACGCGCAGCCGGACUUCCUUCGGAAGCGCAACCACCUGCGCAGGACCAUGUCGGUGCAGCAGCCCGACCCGCCCGCCAACCCCAAGCCCGAGCGCGCGCAGAGCCAGCCCGAGUCCGACAAGGACCACGAGCGCCCCCUGCCGGCGCUCAGCUGGGCGCGCGGGCCCCCCAAGUUCGAGUCGGUGCCCUGAGGGCCGGGCUGUGCGCCGAGCAGGGGGGCC